AUGGAAAGCUCAUAUCUGUGGAUAUUAGUAUCAGACACAUAUGUCGGGGAAAAAGAAGUAGAAUUCAUCGUGCCACGUUGUAUGCCGAGGCAGGCAGAUAUGGCAUACGUUGUCAAAUCGCGCCGCAGAGACAUACUUAUGAUUCGAAGAUUUUUGGUGAAGCAACCUGAGCAGGAGGAUCCUUAUCUUACGAGAGAAAUUAUGGUUUUCAAGCUUCAAAGGAAUUCAAGCGUGCAUUCGGAGUGGAUUGAGGUCAAAAGCCUGAACGGAGAGACCUUAUUUCUUGGAGAUAAUCAUUCUACAUCGCUUUCAUCUUCGGAAAUUCCCGGGUUGAAGCCAAACUGCAUCUAUUAUACGGAUGAUUACUUCAACGACGGACACUAUCACUACAAACAGGAUGGACCUCUGGAUCUGGGGCUGUUCAAUAUGGACAAUGGAAGCUUUGAAGCGCAUUACGUUAAGGAUCCUUCUCAGAAGCAAUUCCCUCUUGCAAUAUUCAUUAUGCCGAGUUUCUCAGAUAAUUUUCCUUAG